AUGAAUGGUAAUAUGUUGUAUGUAAUGACUUUAUGUUCUGAAUUUGUGAAUGCGCUUUUUUGUAUAGCUUUGUACAUGUUCGAACUGACACGUCCCACUGAGUUAUGUGAAUGUUGGAUUUUGAAUGGACCUGAUACAUGUGAGGACUUCAUGUUAUUGUUUAUGUGGCAGGAAGCUUGGGUUGAAUUCCUGUUUAAUUGGCUUAAUAUUGAUGAUAUAGGUGAUGCUCAAGGUGAUAAUUUGAAGAUGAAGAAGCUUGGAAAGGAAGGGCGGAGUUAG